GCGCCCCGCGCUGGCCGGUCCGGCCCCGCCCCCGCCCCGGGCCAUGGCCCAGCCCCUGUCCCGGCCCCUCGUCCUAUCCCCAUCCAGCCCUUGGCCCCCAGCCCCGCCCUCGCCCCGCUUCCCAAAUCGGUCCCAGCCCCGGCCUGAGUCCCAGCGAAUGCCCAGAUCCAGGUCCCGACCCAGGCCCCCGCUCCAGUCCCAGUCCCAGUGCCUUUCCUGGCCCCUAACCCCGCCUAUCCCCGUGUUCCACCUUCUGUCACAAAUCCCAGCCCAUUCCCUGUCCCGACCCCAUUCCCAGUGUUUGCUUAAGCCCCAGGCCCAAACCCUACCCUUGCUCCAGUCCCCAUCACAGCCCCUCCUUCCAUCCCUUUCCCUGCCCUUGUUCAAACCCCAGUGCCUAGCGCAGCCCAAUCCAUUAUCUCAGCCUUUGCCCUCGUCUCUGUGUUUACCCAAGUCUCUCCCACUACCCACCCCUCUCUCUCAUACCGUGCCCCUCUCCCAGCCUCGACUCAGGUCUGGGCUCCAGCUGCCGCCCGCCUUAUUGCUGCUGUUGCUGUUCUCUGUCUUUGGCCCAGGGGCUGGAGGCCUCUUCCUGACUGACUACUCCACCUGCUCACCCCGCAAGCUGAGUCCCUUCCGCUCCUUUGCCAGCACCGAGCUCUUCCACUUCCACGUUCCCGAGGACACGUUCCUGGCUGUUUGGAACCUCAUCAUCUUCAAGGAGCAGGGGGGAACUUUUGGGGACCACUGUCCAGACCAAAGUGUGACUGUGUAUUUCCGGUCCGGGGCACCCCCUGUCAUCAAUCCCCUGCACACACACUUCCCGGGGGACACAGCUGUGCCUGGGGUUUUCUCACUGACCCUCAGCUGGACACUGCCCAACCGCACCUCAGGCAUCUUUAACGUCAGCAGCCCCUUACCUGGGGACUGGUUCUUGGCUGCCCACCUUCCCCAGGCCCACGGCCACAUCUCUGUCAAGGGUCUCCAGGAUGAGUGUCAGUACCUCCUUCAGCCGCAGCUGAUUGUCCGGCGUUUGCUGGAUGUUGCUGUGCUGGUGCCUGGCCGUCCCUCAGAGCAAACCCUCUCCCCGCACAAUCGCUCAGCCCUGUACAAGGUCUUUGUGCCCAGCUUUACUUACAGGGUUUCAGCACAGCUGGUAUGUGUGGGGAGCCGCGGGGCAUUGUUCUGCCCCCUGACACUGCGCCUACGUCCCAAGGCCCCACCCCUGCACAACUCAAGCUCUGUAUCCUGUGGAGGUGCCUCGAUGUGCCAGCUGGAGCUGGCACUCCCCCCCUGGGGGCACUGGGUCUACGUGCGUGUGGAGAUACCAUCCCGGGGUCCUGGCAGGACCAUCCGCUUCCAGCUGUGUGUGCGGUUGCAAGAGUGCCCGCAGCCCAGCCUGUCCCGUGUCCUGGUCCCUGGAGCUGCCAUGAACAUGCCCCAGUCACUGGGCAACCAACCACUGCCCCCAGAGCCACCAUCCCUGGGGGCCUCUCCUGAGGGGCCUGGGGCCACAUCUCCACCAGAGCACUGCUGGCCAGUGCGCCCAACGCUGCGUAAUGAACUGGAUACCUUCUCUGUCCACUUCUACAUCUUCUUUGGCCCCAGCGUGGCCCUCCCCCCUGAGCGCCCGGCAGUGUUUGCCCUGAGGCUGCUGCCAGUACUGGACAGUGGGGGCGUCCUCAGCCUGGAGCUCCAGCUUAAUGUGAGCUCCCUGCGCCAGGAAAACGUGACAGUGUUCGGAUGCCUGACUCACGAGGUGCCCUUGAGCCUGGGGGAUGCAGCAGUGACCUGUUCUAAAGAGUCCCUGGCUGGCUUCCUCCUCUCCGUCAGUGCCACUUCCAGAGUGGCCAGGCUGCGAAUCCCCUUCCCACAGACCGGGACCUGGUUCCUGACCCUCCGCUCUCUGUGCGGCGUGGGGCCUCGGUACGUGCGGUGCCGGAACGCUACGGCUGAGGUGCGGCUGCGCACUUUCCUGUCCCCUUGCGUGGACGACUGCGGGCCCUAUGGCCAGUGCAAGCUGCUGCGCACGCACAACUACCUGUACGCGGCCUGCGAGUGCAAGGCCGGGUGGAGGGGCUGGGGCUGCACUGACAGUGCAGAUGCGCUCACUUAUGGAUUCCAGCUGCUGUCCACACUUCUGCUCUGCCUGAGCAACCUCAUGUUUUUGCCACCCGUGGUCCUGGCCAUUCGGAGCCGAUAUGUGCUGGAGGCUGCUGUCUACACCUUCACCAUGUUCUUCUCCACGUUUUACCAUGCCUGUGACCAGCCAGGCAUUGUGGUUUUCUGCAUUAUGGACUACGAUGUGCUGCAGUUCUGUGAUUUCCUGGGCUCCUUAAUGUCGGUGUGGGUCACUGUCAUUGCCAUGGCUCGUUUACAGCCUGUGGUCAAGCAGGUGCUGUAUUUGCUGGGGGCUAUGCUGCUGUCUAUGGCUCUACAGCUUGAUCGGCAUGGACUCUGGAACCUGCUCGGACCCAGUCUCUUCGCCCUGGGGAUCUUGGCCACAGCCUGGACAGUACGCAGCGUCCGCCGCCGGCAUUGCUACCCACCCACGUGGCGCCGCUGGCUUUUCUACCUGUGCCCGGGCAGCCUUAUUGCAGGCAGUGCUGUCCUACUCUAUGCUUUUGUGGAGACCCGAGACAACUACUUCUACAUUCACAGCAUUUGGCAUAUGCUCAUCGCUGGCAGUGUGGGCUUCUUGCUGCCCCCACGUGCCAAGACUGACCACCGGGUCCCAUCUGGAGCCCGGGCCCGGGGCUGCGGUUACCAGCUGUGCAUCAAUGAGCAGGAGGAGCUGGGCCUUGUGGGCCCAGGAGGGGCCACUGUCAGCAGCAUCUGUGCCAGCUGAGGGGGGGUCUUUGGGCCUGCCCUUGGGGAAUAUGAACCCUUCCUAGGGGCAGAGAGCCCUUCCUGGGAAUGUGGAGCCGUCCCAGGGAUAAGAGACAGGUUGUGUUUCUAGAGGCCACGGAGUCUUUCUUGAGGACAUGGAGCUCUUCUAGGGGCCUGGCGCACUUCCUGAAGGCUUGGAGUCUUCCUGCAUCCAUGGAGUCCUUCUUAAGGACUGGAGCCUGUGCAGGGCCACAGAGCCCCUCAGGACCAAGGAGUCACUCCUAGGGGUGCGGAGUCCUUCCCAGGGAAUGGAGCCCUCCUAAGGACAUGGAUUCCUUCCCCGGGAGACAAAGCCCUCUCAGAACAUGGCAUCAUUCCCGAGGAAAUGGAGUCCAUCUUGGGGAAACUGAGUCUCCAGAUCUUCCCAGCAGCUCAGCAACUCUGGCCUCAGGCUUCCUUCCCAAGGCAGCAUCUGGGCUGUGCCAUGCUGUCUUGUGCUGGGAGGGGCAUUGCAGGACAGAUGGGGCUGGGGCUGGGGCGGCUGGUAUUCUGAGUUGAUGCAGGUGGAGUCUGGUGUGUCUCCAAUGAAGUAUUUGCUGGUUCUGUGCUGC